AGGCCUUUUGGAUCAGACCGGGAGCCACUGGAGCCAAGAGCCUGGGUACCAGGUACGACUGGGUACGCUGCUCCUCCUGCUGGGAACGACGGGUACCCAAGAUGUGGUGGCAGCACAAGGCUGGUCACGACCCCAGAAAUAGCCCGCGUCCCAUUUUCCAGGGUUCAAUCUGCUAAUUGAUGCGCCAUGCUGGAUGUACCUGCUGGUACUGCGUACUCCAGAUAUCUCGUCCAUGCCUCUCUCGUUAUUCAUCUCUAGAUCAACCCGGCAUCGACUCUUUUCGUCUCUCUCGCCAACCUCCUCCGUGUCUCUCAGGCCGCUCCACCUUCUUCUACCUCCCCUUGCCGCGAGCUUUGCCUCCUUUUUUUCCCAUCUUGCUACCCAUUUUCCCCCUUCUCCAUCGUGGGGGAGCUGAGCUUUUAUUUGUGCCUCGUCGCCCACAAUUUGCCUCGCCGCUCGAAGCGGCUCUUUUACACAGCAAAAAAAACUCCAUCCAACCAUCCAUCCGUCCCGCCUUGCCCCUCGUUCUGGCCUCGCCUCACCUGCCCUCACCUCGCGUCUUCCGCCAAGCCGUCAGUAUUACUGGACAACCAGGCUGGUCAGCCACUAACAAGGCCUGGGUCUCAUCUCUUGUUCUGCCUGCUUCGCCAUCCAUUCACCGGCCGCCUUCACGCCUCCCUGCGUGCGUCCUCCGCGUCGAUCACAGACAAUCCGCUCUUGUUCUUGACUCAUACGCAGUCAAAAAACCCUGGCAGCUCCCCGUGAUCCAUUCAAGCACUUACGGGCUUUUUCUCUAGGAGCUCGCUGCCCUGCUGAUCUGGGCGAAGCUGGUCGUUGGGUGAAUCGGCAUAUAUAGAACGGCCCGCCUGCUUAGCUUCCAUAAAAGCUCAAGCACCCCUCCUUGUCCCUGCUUCAGCCUCACGACUGGCUGUCAUCGCUCGAUAAUAAAGCCAUUUUUUCUGACGUCUCACUGGUUAAAAAU